AUCCACUUUGAAUUAAAGCAAUAGCUACAUAAAUAUAAGAAAAUAAAAAAAAAUAUAUAUAUAUAUAUAUAUAUAUAUAUAUAUAUAUAUAUAUAUAUUUAUUUAUCCGUGCGUGUAUUUUUCUGAUAUACGCUUCUAAUUAAAAACAAGCUCACAUGAAAGUUGAUCUUAAAUCGAUUAGGUCGUGUGAAUCGGAAGUGCUAUUAGUAGCCUUGGAUAAAACAUCUGAUUCGGAAUAUUAGAAAGAGAGAGAAGUUGAUAAUAUUAGCGCGUGACACAUUUAUGAAGCUGUCUUAUUCAUAAUCGGUUACGCUUGUUAUGCGCUCAUCGAGAUAUAUCGUCGGUCCGGGUCCGAAUUGUAGUAACCUUGAAUAUAUUCACGAUCGCGAAUCAGCAUCGGAGGUGAGCACUGGGAGAGAGAGUUUAGAACGGUUUCCUCCGCUGAUUCUAUCGCGGAUCUUAUCUGUUGGAUCGCGCAAAGAGGGGCGCGAAGCUGUCAGUAAGAAAGCUGGAGCGCUAACCUAAGAUGCGAACAUCCGUGAAUGCGCUUCUACCGUUGGGAAUUCAUCUAUUGUAUUGGUUAUUUGAUACGGUAGCGGCCACUGGUGGUGCGCUCGAUUCUACCCCGACCUUUCAAACCAGUGCCUCGAACCCUUCACAUUCCAAAAUAGCAGCGUUUUCCUCCUCCUUCGGCAAUGGAUUGGCCCAAGCGGUGGCCCACGAAUCUGCUACGGAUACUUGUAAUGACGACUUAGCUUGUAUCACUAUGGCUUCGCAUGAUCGUCUAGGCUUAGAAGCUAUAAAGUCUCUCCACAGUCAAUUGGAUGACGACGCCAAUGGAAAUGUUGAUCUAUCCGAAUCGGACGAUUUUUUAAGAGAAGAACUGCAGUACGAAGCUGGUUAUGAACGAAGACAGAGGGCUUUUCACCAUAAUGAUGAUAUGCAAAUCAGUGUGCGAGAGCUCUGGGAAGCUUGGUUACGAUCAGAAGUUCAUAACUGGACAAUAGAACAAACAUCAGAAUGGUUAACUUCCAAUGUUGAGCUUCCUCAAUAUGUUCCUAAUUUUAUACAGCAUCGUGUAACUGGUGCUACGCUUCCUCGAUUAGCUGUGAACAAUAUGCAUUAUCUUAGUAAUGUUCUGGGUAUUAAAGAUCCCAUCCACAAACAAAAAAUUGCCUUAAAAGCAAUGGAUGUUGUUCUUUUUGGACCUCCUAAAGAUACUGGACACAGCAUCAAAGACUUAGUAUUAGUUACACUGUUAUUUGGAGCACUUAUUGGAUGCUGGUAUGCAUAUCAACAAAAGAAAAAUUCCCAAAAAGAUCUUCAUAGAAUGAUGAAAGAUAUGGAAAGCUUGCAAAAGGCAGAACUUGCACUAGAAAAUUUACAGAAAGAAUUGGAGAGAGCAAGAAUGGAACAAGAAAGUGCAACUACUGAGAAACAAAAUUUGGAAAAACGUUUACAAGAUGAAAGUUUGGCAUUACAUACUUCAUAUUCAGACCUUGAAGUAUCGCAAAUGAAAGCGGAAAUCGAAAUGCUGAAGCUGGAAUUACAACGGGCAGAGGGUGAACUUGAAGAUAGAUGCUGGUCGCCACCAGCUGGACUGCAGCAUUGGCUGCAAUUAACUCAUGAAAUUGAGAACAAAGCAUAUAUAAAUAAGAAGAUAGCAGCUGAAAAACAGCUUCAGCAGGCACGAGAAGCGUGCGAGAAAUUACGAAAGAAACGUUCCAGUUUGGUGGGUGCCUUUGUUUCGACUCAUGGAAAAUCCAUUGAUGAAGUUGAUAAGAGUAUAGUUGAAGCAAGAACUUCAUUAAAUGAAGUAACAAAUGAGCUGAAAGAAAGAGUACAUCGUUGGAAGCAAAUUGAAUUGCUCUGUGGUUUCAAUAUAAUCAACAAUAAUGGAUUAAGCUAUUUAGAGACCAUUUUGUAUAGAGGGACAUCUAAUGGUAGAGGUCUUGGAUUAAGAGGACGACUUAGUAGCCAAGAUGAUUUAGAUGAUGAGGCAAGUUCGAUGUACACACCAUCAACGGUCAGUGCUGCAGGUAUUUUGGAGAACUCAGCGUGGAAGGAGUCAUCGGUACCGUCAACUGGUCGAUUUGGAAAUGAACUCUCCGAUUCAUCGAGCAGUGAAGCGGAGAAGGAACCUGGGGCCGUUCACUUCGUGGUAGGCGAUGGACCGGAAGAACCUGCUGCAGGAAAAAUUGGAAUCCCGUGCAAAGAGAAAUCCGGUAUUAUACGGUCUUAUAGUCAAGAUAUAAACGUGCUGAACGAGGACAAGACUUCGUCAUCUCUGCCGAAAACGUCGUACUCGGAAAAUUCGCUCGACGUCUCGGACAAAUCCUGUUGCUACCGUCCUGCAUUAACGACUACAAUGACAGCUACGACGACGACUACGACAACGAAUGUCAAGAAACCGUUUCGUGAAUUACCUACAGUAAUGUCAGUCGACGACGAGACACUCUCUACCGAUUCCAAUUCUACCGCUGACAACGAUGAGCUUAAACGAAGGCGCAGGAAGCUCUUUCCGGCUUUUAGGAAGAAUAAAACUAAAGUUACGUGAUGUUUGCUAGUCACAUAAUAUCUCGUUUGUUACUUAAUUGCUACCCGUUACUGUUAGUUGUAAUCCCGUGACGUGCACUUAAGAAUUAUUUUAUCAGUAAUUAUUAAUUAUUAGCGACUACUCUUUGCGUGAUACACACAUACACACGCAUACACACAUAUACACUCUUUCUUUCGCUCUCUUUUUCUCUCUCUUUCCUUCCUCUGCGUGCGUAUAGAACAUCAUGGAAAUGUAAUAAUCGUUUAGGAUAUUUGUUGUCAGUAUUCCUCCAACUUUGCCAAAUUUGGGAUACAUGUAAAUGAUGAUUAUAUAAGAGUUAGCGAAUAUACACCAUGGAAAGACAUCCUUAGAUAGAUAGACUUUUAAAGAAUCACAAUAUUUGAAGAAAAUUUCUAUAAUUCUUAUAUGACAAUAUAUUUUCGGUACUUUUUAAAAAAAGCUAAAUGUUUUCUGAAAGCCGCGGAUUUUUAAAUAAGAUUUUUUCACAUGAUGACGUUAGUAAUAAUAAUAAUAAUAAUAAUAAUAAUAAUAAUAAUAAUAAUAAUAAUAAUAAUAAUUGUUAGCAUAAUUUUUUUUAUCGCGAUAUAAUUCCGUAGUUUUAUUCAUCGCGUUUAGACAUACUGGGACAAAAUUAAUAUUAAAGAAUCAAUCUUUCUCUAUUUCUUUUUUUUCGUUUGUAUGUUAUUAUGUUUUUACGGAUAAUGGUACAAAGCUACAUCGAGACGAAGUAUUCUCGCGAAACGAGGAUCGAGUUAAAGUUAAAGUUAUCGUAUUUUCAGAUACCGUCCGGAUACAUACUGGCAAUAUACGUGUAACUUAUAUCGGCAAAACGAAAAUGCGAAUUUUAUAUCUUUGUAUACAAUGUGUAAGUAGAUUAUAAAAUAUUGUGCAAAAUUUUUUAUCAUGAGCGUUUAAGAUAAUUAAAUAUCGCGAAGAAAUUUUUUUUUUAUAUCUCUAGUACAGAAAUUUCUUAACGAGAAUAACGUUGGAAUUUUUAUCUUUAUUUCUACAAAUUCUUUUCAUUCAAAGCACGUCCAUGAUAAGAAUAUUUAAACUAUAAAAACGCAAACAUAUAAAAUAAUCAAAAAACUAGUUAAUACUCCGAGCCUAUUUCUGUUAUUAUAUAAAUAAUCAAAAAAAUAAUCCGUAUAAAUCAUAGUAGUUCUAUAAAAUUUCGAACAAAUUUGUCUCGGAAUGAACAAUCUCGAAAUCUUGACUUUUUUUCUAUAUGUUUUUGCUAAAAAUUUUUUGAUGCUAAAACAAUCAUACAUAAUAAUAUAUAACGCCGUUGUCAAUUAGUUUAUCCUUAUUUACUCGGCUCAAAAUCAAAUUACUUACAGAAUGGCUUAUAUUAUUGCGAAAUUCUACAGUUUUAGUAAUUUGUUAAAAGAGUGUCACCGUUAUAUUCCAUACUCGCGUAAUACAAUUGUGUAACAAUUUCCUCCUCCGUUUGCAAAUACUGUAGUAAGAUUAUUUUGAUUAUUUGUGUUAAAAUUGAUUAUUCUUUUGAUUAUGAUAUGCUCGAAUAUGAGAAAGCAUCUUUUCUGGAUAUAUCCACCUUUAUAUUAGAUAAAAUUGUUUCGCGUAACUUUGAUAGAAAAUUUAUAAUUUUGUGACAAAACAUUGACAUAUUUAGAUCUCAAUAAAAUUAAAAUUCGCAAAACAUUGUAUUUUAUCACAUCUAAUCUCUAUUGUCUUGUAUGAAAUUAUAAAAAACAGGUUUCACAUUUUUCGCGCAUUUCAAGUAUAAUAAUAUCUUAUGACUACAUUGAUGAGAUCACAUAACUAUACACACUUUGCAUUAAUCCACAAUAACAAUGAUUAAUAUUCCUCGGUGCUGUAUUUCCAGUAAUUGGUACGAACGAAAAAUCAUAUUUGUCAUCUUUAUACGGAGAGUAUGCACAAUUGUCGGCUCCGUUAUCAUUUAGAAAUAGGAAAGAUAUGAAGUUAAAAAAUGCGAGAUUAAAAUGUGUCAAUUUUGUCACCAAAUCUGAUUUCGUUAUUAAAAAUGAUCGCUAGCUUUCCACAAAAUAUUCUUCCUUAGUGGAUUUCAAAGCAAUGAAUUUAAUGUUUACAAGGGAUAGUUUUAAAGACUAUGUAUCUUUCUAUAUGUUACUUUUAAAACGAACGAUAGAGAUUUGAAUUUCAUAUCUAUAUAUAUUAUAUAAGCAAUUUGUGAGAUAUAUAUAUAUAUAAUUAGAUAAAGAAUUUUUGAUCUGUCGCACUUCCCUGCGCCGUAUUAAAUUCUCUUGUUGAGUAUAUAUUUUAGAGACGAGAAAUAUGUAGAGCCAUUUAAUUAAUGUA